ACUGGGAUUGUCCAGUUUAUUAAAUUAGCUCCUUGUAGUAAAUAAUUCAGCUUUUUGAGACUUAAAAAUCGGUUGAGUGGCGUUCUGCCGGGUAUCUGUGAUAUUUUUCGAUCGUACCUACAUAUAUCUUUUAGCUUGAUUAGUCGCAGUCCGUUGAAAGGAAACUUAGCUACUACAAACGGCUACAACAUAAGAUCGGCUUCAAUAGAGUAUACUCACUUGUUGUGGAUAAAUCUAACUAGAAAGAACUUUCAAUUCUAAAAAGUAGAUUGGUUUUGUUUUAUGGAUUAACAGCAACUUACAAAAUGAAGCUUCUUCAAAUUGUUUUUGUUCUUGGAAUCGUUGCACUAUCAAAAUGUGAGCUACAAAUUUCUAGAAGACCUUUGGUCUUUCCAGGAUGGCCACCAAAGAGUGCCAAGCAAACUGGUAUUGGUGUCCGCAACCCUGUGGGAGCAAAGCGAACAUUAGUACUACAAAUUCGUAGUGAUAAACAUGUCCCAAUUGUUCUGAAGAGACCUCCUCAACAACAAGCUCAGAGAGGAGUUGGUCGACCACAUAAAGUUAUCAUCAAGCCUGGUCAAUUGCACAGCAAUAAGCUUAUCGGACGAAAGCCAUCUAACGUUUUGAAGAUUAAACUGCCCAAUGUGACUCCAUCACAUUUCGAGAAGCCAUAUCAUUACGAGCAACCUUAUCAAUUGGUUUCAGAAGUUCAACAGCUUCCACUCGAAGAGAAUACCCACUUUGUUUCCGAACACUUCGCCCCAAUUCAUACAAUUCCUGCACCAAAUCUGAGCAUCCAAGACAAUCACCUCUUCCAACCAGAUAAUCAGUAUCUGCCCCCUGAGCCACAACCAUAUCAUUCAAAUCACUAUCAGGUGAAUGAGGAUCAAACAAAUGACCAAACUGGUUUGGAUCCCUUCUCUGGAAAGCAAAAACUAUUUGCUCCCGAUCCAGAUCCAUCCUUGCCAGCGGCAACAAUUCGACCAGCAACUGAGCCAUACAACACCCCUAGCAAUGGCAAACCUCUUCCAGCCGAUAUACAAUCGAACUUCUUGCCCCCUGCACAGGCUUUAACUCAAUUGGUGAGCCCAUCUCAUCAACAAGCUCAGCUGCCAGAACUUAUCGGUCUUCAAUACGUUGGGCAGCCUAUUCAAUUGGCUCCGAUUGCAAUUCAGAAUCCCACAUACUUGGUCACGCAGUCGAAUCAUCUCUUCAACCAACAUCAGCAAGAGCUAUUUAGGCCAAAUGACAACAUUAUUACGUCGUCUUACGUUGAUGCUGACUUAACACAGGAAGUGGCAAGUAAUGGUCAAAUAUUGCAGGCUGCCAAGGAUCCUGCCAACAACAUUCAUCCGCAAUACACAGCUGCCGAUGUGGCCAUUAGUGCUGCUCCUCAGUUUGCUGCUCUGAUUGCCGCUCCUCCAGCAUCUACCGCCCAUGCAGUGCACAUCGAACAACGAGCUCCGUUCCAAUUGGCAAACGUAGCAGUUCCACAGCAAAAUGGCUUUGUAGCUUCGGAAUACUUUGGAAGUGCUCAUGGAGAUUCACAACUCUUGCAGGCAUUUGCUGAGGAAGAAUCGCAGCGGGAGCAAGCUCAUGGUGAGCAUCAAGCUCAUUUAGAGUAUGAGCAUCGUUUGCAUCAGGAACAGCAAGAGCAACAAGCUCUCUUACAGCAGCAACAUAACCACCAGUUGGAAUUGCAACAACAUCAUGAGCAGCAACAACAUCAUCAACAGCAACAACUGCAACAACAACAACAAUACGAAUUACAACAAAAUCAACAUCAUCAUCAGCAGCUAUUAGCCCAACCACAACCAUCAAGCGAUCCUGCAACGGCAGCUUUUGAAGAGCACAAAAGACUCGUUGAAAAGCAACUUGGCCCACAAUCCUUAAGGAUAUUUGUGCCCGACGAGAGUGAAAACGGUUUUACUUCUGAUGGGCGCCAAAAAUUAAAGAAACGAUCCAACGAACGAAAAGUCAAGAAAUCAAAGGAUAAAGUUUCAUCAGUAGAGGUUUCCAGUGAAGACCAGAAGCCAUAGAACGAGAAUGAGAAUAAGAGACAAUCAUUAUAAAAGCGUGUUGUAUUUAUUUUAAUGUGUUUAGUUUAAAGUAAAUGUAAUUAUUGUUUAAGUAAUUUAUUUGAAAUAAAUAACGAAAUUUGAAUGUUAAAAA